AUGGUUGAAACUCUUUUUGAAGAUAUUUUUAAGGUUGAACAAUUGAACCCAGAUGAUAAAAAAUUCGAGAAAGUUACUCGCGUUGAAGCACACAGUGAGCAGUUUGACAUGUACAUGGUGCUAGAUGUGAAUACUGAGAUAUAUCCUGUUGAUGUUGGAGACAAAUUCAUGAUGGUAUUAGCAUCCACCCUAAACUUGGAUGGAACACCUGACACUGGUUACUAUACUCAGGGUGCACGGAAAACACUUGCAGACAAAUUCGAAUACGUUAUGCAUGGGAAGUUGUUUAAGUUUGCAGAGGAACGUAAAGGAUCUGAAGUCAAAGCGGAGAUAUAUGUUUCAUUUGGUGGGCUUUUGAUGAUGCUGAGAGGGGAUACAUCCAUUGCAGCAAAGUUUGAGCUUGAUCAAAUGUUGUUUAUCCUCAUCAGGAAAGUUUGA